AUGGCGAACGCACAUCCACAAGACGCAGCGUAUGCAGCUGCACUCGAUUCGCCAGAGACAUUCUGGGCUCAUGAGGCCAAGCACCUGAGCUGGGCUGUUCCUCCGAAAACCAUCAUCGAAAAUACUACAAAGACAUUGCAGUCUGGCACCGAGCAUCAACACUGGAAAUGGUUUCCAGACGGCGAGAUCUCGACCUCAUACAACUGCGUUGAUCGACACGUCGAAGCUGGAAAUGGCGACCGCACGGCAAUCAUCUGGGACUCGCCCGUCACCAACACACAAGAGAAGAUCAGCUAUGCACAAUUAGCAGAAGAAGUCGCUACACUAGCAGGUGUAUUGCGUGAAGAGGGGGUCAAGAAGGGAGAUGUGGUGUUGAUAUACAUGCCCAUGAUACCAGCAGCAUUGGUCGGAGUCCUUGCAACCUUACGACUUGGAGCAAUUCAUGCUGUUGUGUUUGGUGGCUUCUCUGCCCCAAGUUUAGCACAGCGCAUUGAUGCUUCCAAGCCUAAGGUGAUCUUGACUGCCAGUUGUGGUAUCGAAGGCGCAAAAGGUCCAUUACCAUACCAACCUCUGGUCAGAGGUGCAAUCGAGCAAUCCAAACACAAGCCGAGCAAGACCAUUGUAUGGCAACGCGAACAGAGUCGCUGGGACGAUGUCAAGAAAGAGAAUGGAGAACGAAACUGGCAACGAUUGGUCAAAAGUGCCAGAAACCGUGGCUUGAAGGCAGAAAAUGUUCCAAUCAAGAGCAACGAGCCGAUUUACAUCAUCUACACCUCCGGAACUACUGGUGCACCAAAGGGUGUUUUGCGUGAAGCCGGAGGUCAUGCUGUCGGGUUGAAUUUCUGUAUGCGCCAUCUCUUCGGUAUCAAGGCCGGCGAUGUCAUGUUCUGUGCAUCAGAUAUUGGAUGGGUCGUAGGACAUUCGUUCAUCAUAUUCGCCCCAUUGUUAGCUGGAGCCACAACGGUCCUGUUCGAGGGCAAGCCUAUUGGUACACCAAACGCUGGCACUUUCUGGAGAUGCGUCGAACAGCACAAAGUCAACGUCAUGUUUACUGCACCUACAGCUUUACGAGCCAUUCGUAGAGAGGAUGGAAAGCACAAAUUUUUCAUUGAGAGAGGAGAAAAGGACGGUCUCAGGUCGCUGAGGGCUCUCUUCUUGGCGGGAGAGCGAAGUGAACCGGCUGUUGUCAACGAUUAUACGCAGCUCUUGCAGAAAUACGGCGCUCCCGGUGCUGCUGUAGUGGAUAACUGGUGGUCUUCAGAAAGUGGAAGUCCCAUGACUGGAUUAGCACAACUCCCAUCGUCAUGGCAUGCUGGUGGUGAGGAGAGUGUCAAGCCUCUCGCGACAAAACCAGGAAGUGCAGGAAAGCCAAUGCCCGGCUUCAACAUUCGCGUUGUAGAUGAUGACGGCAAUGAAGUACCACAAGGAAAGACCGGUAAUAUCGUGCUGGGUAUGCCACUUGCACCCACUGGUUUCACAACACUCUGGAAAGAUGAGAAACGCUUCUAUAACGGAUACAUGCUUCGAUUCAAGGGUAGAUGGAUAGACACGGGAGACGCUGGCAUCAUUGACAAAGAUGGUUAUGUCCACAUUCACGGCCGCAGUGAUGACAUGAUCAAUGUUGCCGCCCAUAGACUGAGCACUGCUACCCUCGAACAAGCCAUCUCAUCACACCCCUCCGUAACAGACAACUGCGUCAUUCCAGCCCCAGACCCUCUCAAAGGCCAUGUCCCCUUCGCCUUUGUCGCCCUCUCCCCCUCAGCAGGCACAAUCCCAGAAGCCGAAUUACUCGCCGCCAUCAAUUCUCGCGUCAGAGCAGCCGUCGGCCCAAUCGCCACGCUCGGAGGUAUAAUCAUAGCCCAAGGCGUGAUUCCUCGCACCAGAAGCGGAAAAACUUUACGCAGAGUGUUGAAGCAAUUGGUCGAAGAUGCGAGUGAGGGUAAUUUCGACAAAGAGGUUGAGGUGCCAGCGACAAUUGAAGAUGUGGAGGUUGUGGAAAGGGCGAGGAAGGUUAUCAAGACUUAUUUCACCAGGAAGAGUAAGUUGUGA